GCUCUGGCUCCGGCACCUGCUGCGCUGGCUUUCUCUGCUCCGGAGCCGGGCGAGCGGGAGCCAUGGAGCUGGUGGCGCUGGGGCUGGCGGCGUUGCUGGGUCUGUCAUCUGCUGUGUUGGAAGUGGAAGUCGGCCGCAGCUCAGUGACUGUGAUCCAAGGACAGCGGGCCAUCCUGCCGGUCUCGUAUACCACACACAGCAGCAGCGAGCCCUAUGUCACGUGGCACCUGGAAAGGCCAGGGAACCCUCAUCCCUUUCAGAUCUUGGUGUAUAUGUCUGGAACAACCAAAGUGGAAGAUUUGGAUCUCAAGCGACGGCUGAACUUUUUGUACCCCAUGCCUUUUCACAAUGUCUCGCUUGCCAUCAAUGAUACCAAAGAAAUGGACUCUGGCCAGUACAUGUGUACAGUGAAUGUUGCGGGAGAUACAACCAAGAUGGGGAAAAACACAGGACUUGUGAACCUCACAGUUCUAGUCCCACCAUCAUCGCCUAAGUGUCAGAUUCAUGGCAGCCCCCACACUGGAGGGAAUAUCACCAUGACCUGCCGCUCCAUUGUGGGCAAGCCAGCCCCCUCUUACCGUUGGCAGCGCACUGGCCCCAACUCACAGGUCUUCUAUGCACCUGUACAAGAUCACGUGAAAGGGGUCUUGACACUUAAAAAUCUCACCACAGAUAUGUCAGGAACCUAUGUCUGCAAUGCCUCCAGCAUAUCUGGCUAUUCUAACUGCACUAUCAUCCUGGAGGUGAAUCCACCGUUCAAUGCAGCGGUGGUGGCUGGUGCAGUGGUGGGAACUCUCAUUGGACUUGGCCUGAUCAUCUUGUUUCUGCUUCAGAUGAUGGCCUAUCGAAAGAAGAAGAAAGAGGCCCAAGAGGAAAUGGCUAAUGAAAUCAGGGAAGAUGCUGUUGCCCCAAAGACACUUUCCUGGGCUAAAGGCCCUGGUUCUGAUGUGGUUUCCAAAAACGGCACUUUGUCAUCGAUGAGUACCACCCGGGAUCACAAACUCUAUGCCUCCAAGCCUGCCUCAGACACUGCUUCCAUCACCACUGCCACGGGCAGCACAGUGGGCUUCAAGCCACCUUUCAGCAACCCCAGGAGUGGAACACUCACACCCACACCCAGCCUCUCCAGCCAAUCGUUGCCCCUCUACUUUCCGCCCAUGGUCAAUGGGGUCCAUUGCCACCAUGUCAAUGUGCCAACCCACCGGAGCACUCUCCACAGGACAAAUGGGGCGCAACCACAAGCCCCCCGACAACAGGAGGCUGUUGCCCCUCCGGGGCUCAGCACAUCCACCCUGGGCCGAAUGGGAGCGGUGCCCGUCAUGGUGCCUGCACAGAGCCAAGCAGGAUCCUUGGUGUGAAUGUUCAGAGACUUUUGCAGUACGCUGUGCAGCAAGCAGCUCUACCACUCCCACACAAAACAGAAAGACUGGAAACGCUUGCUCCGUGCUGUCUGCCUUUCCGUCUGCCUUCAGAGUGCCAGUGUGAGUGUUUGUGGGUGUGUCCUCCAAAAGAACCGUUUUCAUAGCAUCUCCAUCCAGUGGGACAUGAUGGCACCUUUGGAGAUGGGCUUUUGUAACCAAUCGUCUUCUGUUACCUUUCAGAAUUUGCUUACGCUCUUAGUUCACAAAUCCCAUCCAUGCUCCUAUUCCCUCCAGGAGCCUAUGUGACAGCAGAGACUGUGUUUUCAUAAAGGAAUACAAACGAUUUCUUUCUUUUCCCCCUUGCAUUGCAUUUAUAUCUUGCUAUUGAAAAAAGGGCUGGGAUUAGUUGUCUUGGCUUGGAAGAAAGGGCUGGGGAAUAGAUCUGUUCAUUCUUUUAUCUUGAAUCCCAAAUCUGGAUUUCAUGCACAGAGAUCAAGGUUGCACAAAACUAGAUGGUGGAAAUGGUAUGUUACCAUGGAAAUCUGUCCCCACAGGAUUAAAAUAGUUCUUUGUGUCAGAAUUUCACCUAAGCUUGUAUUGGAAAAUUGCUCACUCCAUCUCUUGGCACAAUCAUGUGGAAAAUCUCCAUGUCAAUGUUUAUUCUUUCUACCAUUUGGGUUACAUGUCAUACUUGCUUGCCACGCCAUGUGUGGCUCUAUAUUUUGAAGUUCAUCUUCCUAUUAAAUUAGUAUAAGGAAUACACCACCCUCCAAAAGUUGUGAUAUGUUCCAGAGUCAUAAAGUCAUAGAAUCGCAGAGUUGGAAGAUGCCUCAUGUGCCGUCUAGCCCCAAACCUUGCUCAGUGCAGGAUCUCCAGCUAAAACCUCCUCAGCUGUCCUUUGUCCAACCUCUUUUUGAAGACAUCCAGAGAAAAGGGCUCAUCAUCUCUCUGAGCAAUUGGUUUCAUUGCCAGACCGCUAAGACCUGACCUAAUGGCUGUAUUCUGUUGGCUUUGGUUCUCUUUCAGACAGUGGGCACAGCCAAGUGGUGGUUCCAAACCUAGUCAGGGCUUCUUGAAAUCUAGUCUGAAGUAAGCUAAGCCUUUGAAAACUUCUCUAAGAACUCUUGCUUGGUCCAAAAACUAGGCUAGCCUUCAGAUUCAGCAUAACAGCUUGGGCAACUCCAAGGAUCUAUCAAGCUCAAGUAAAGUAAUAGACACCCUUAGACUGACACCUAAAUAGGGCUCGGCUGAUGAGCCUUGUCUCUUUUAGCAACUAUUGGAUCUAUUGGCAUUUAGAGGAAAUGCAUCUCUGUGGUGGUUUCCCAGAUGGAGUUUCGGGUUAGGAUUUUGGUGGCAGGAAUUGGUGGAAUGUAUGCAUAUUAUAUAUGUAUAUUGACUUUCCCUUGCAGGCUUAGAUUUGGGGCUGAUCCUUACAACAACUGUGUAAGAUAUCUGUUAUUUGUCCAAAGGCAUCAAUGCGAACCACCACCAAGAAUGAAUUUAGAUGUGAUUCGUUUUCAAGCCAAAUGCUGUCGUUCUCAUACCAUAGUUUUUUCCUGGUCUCUUAGGCCCCUUCUAUACUGCCAUAUAAUCUGGAUUAUCAAAGUGGAUUAUACACAUUGUCAGUUUUGAACUGGAUUAUCUGAGUCUACAAUGCCAUAUAAUCUAGUUCAAAACAGAUAAUCUGGAUUUUAUAUGAAAGUGUAGAAGGGGCCUUAGAUUUUCCACAGGAGCUAAAAAAAACUAAAGCUGUAAGUCUCACAAAUGUUAAAAGAUUUUAAUAAUCAGUUUUGCAAUGCAUUGUCUUCAAAGAGAUGUCGAAGAAAUGUAUCUAUGAGCAUACUUUGGUCCUGUGUGGCAACCUUUUUUGGGUUUUGUAUGCGCAACCUUUGAAGUAUGGUUUUGGGGAUGUAUUUUCUGUUUUUAUUUUGACGAAACGCACAUUUCUCGCAUCAGUAUGUGAAACAAAAUGCCGUUAUCUUUCAGUACUAAAACACAUCUCAGAAUUUUGUGAUGCAGUUUUCCAAGUUUUAAAAAAACACACACACAUAAGGGCACAUAUAAUAUUGAGGGAAAUGUACCAAAACAAUAUGUGAAAGAAAAUGUUUGCAGAAGUAAUAGAAGUUGGGUGGAAGAAAUCUGAGAAUAGAAAGAUGAGAAAAUGAGAGGAAUGUAAAUAACCUUUUUCCCAUCCUGCUCUGAAUCAGAGCUUGGGAAAGUUAUAUUGUGGACCAGAGGAGCCCAAAGCUCCCAGCUUGAAACUGGAGGGAUUCUGGGAGCUACAGUCCAAAACCCUUGGCCAAGAUGCUACAGAAAGAGGCUAUGGUAUGUAGCAUUAUGAUGAUGACUAUAUUACUGACAUGAUGCACAACCAUGCUAGUGAAUUGCAGGGAUCAUUGUGAAAGAUGUCUCUUUACACAAAGAGGGCUCCCGCUGUUCAAUUGAAUAUGUUGUGCAUUGGGUCACAUUGCAAUUUGAGACACUUGUGCUACAUUGAGGCUGUUAUACAUUGGGAUAUGUUGCACAUCGUGGUGCAUUAUGCAUCAGGAGUCUUGUGCAACGGCUCUACUUGCACACCUCUUCUGAGAAUAUGAAUGUUGUGCGACAAUGCAUUUCAGCUUUAAAUAACUGUGUCAGUUACAAUAACGCAACUGCUGUACACAAUGCCAGCGGAAUAUGCUAUCUCUUGUAGCACUUAGGUCUUCUGGAUCACCUAAAAUAGCUUAUCUUAUGAUAAACGUGAAGCCCAUGUGCUAAAAUUUGAAAAUGUAUACCUGCAGUUGUUUUGAAUCAGUGAAUGGAUUAAUUGGUGUGUUCUGCCUCCUUGUGAUCCACUUGGGAAAUGCAUCUAAUCCACUUUCCCAGAUCCCAGUAUAAGGCCCAUGCUCCUUCGAGACUGAGCAGAAUCCUUUGCUUCUUCCGUAACAACUGACCUGUAUGUAUAAAGUAACCUUGGAUCAGGCUAUCCUAAAAUGGAGGAAGGGCACCUUCAACAUGUUCAUACAUAUUGUGCAAUUAUUACAUUUAAUCAGCAGCUCUGUCUUUUUGCUCCUUUUAUAAAUAUACCUAUAGUACAUAAUUUAUACUUAUAGAUAUUAACAGUCUGUGAAUUUGGACGACUUUCCUCUUAACCCUUUUCAUGCUGCGUCUUUUCUUUUCAUUGGCUCUGAGACCUUUCUCUUGUGCAAGAAGGUAGGAAGACACUGAAGUAUUUUUUAUGUACAGUUUCAAAAUGUAUUAUUUUUCAUAAACAACCAUUAAAAAGUAUUUGUUUUUAUAUGAAA